AUAUGGAUCAGGUAUGGGAACAAUACCAUGGAUCAUAGCAUCAGAGAUUUAUCCAGUAGACGUGAAGGGAGCAGCAGGAACAAUGUGUAAUUUGGUCAGCUCUAUCAGCUCAUGGCUCGUUGCUUGUUCCUUCAGUUUUUUGCUUCAGUGGAGCUCCACAGGAACAUUUCUGAUGUUUGCCACAGUGAUUGGCCUUGGAUUUGUGUUCAUAGCCAAGCUUGUUCCAGAGACCAAAGGCAAAUCUCUAGAAGAGAUUCAGUCUCUUUUUACUGAUCCUCAUGAAGAUUCUACAAUUUUCUAAAAUUCCCCACAAAACUGUAUUAGAAGAAACAAGUAUGUGCACAAAAAAGUUUUAUUACAAAGAUCAUCUCUGUAGACAUUAUUGUUUUUAUGUUUUUAGCAAGAGUUAUACUAUUAACAACACCUUUCACAAGAUUCACAUAAAACUAUCAAAACAUUACAUAAUACAAAGUUUUACAGAUACUGAAACUAGAAGUGUUCUUA